AUUGCCAUGACAACUUUUGUCCCUUUGUACCUGCGAUCACCUUGUCGAGUCUCAAAAAUCAAGACAUGUCAAACGUAGAAAGGGCGAAAGUGUCUGAGGUAAAGGUGGGCUCAAAAUCAUACUUUAAAGAUGACAUUCAGACCAUCUUGAAAUGGACAAUCUCUCAUCGAAUUCUGGCAAUAGUUACCUUAUUGCUAUCAGCAAAAUUUGUACAGCAUUUCGACUCUUCCGCUUCAUUACAGCUGAUUUUGGACAAAGAAAGCAGAACUUCAACUUCAUUCGGACUGUUGCGACAUUACGCUUUUAGCUCUUUGCGAUGGGAUGUUUUACACUUCUUAGGCGUAGCUAGUCCUAGACCACUUCCAUUAUCUGAUCAAUUGGAUCUUUCUGCACCCGUUCAACAACAAUUUUGGUCGCCACUCAAAGGUUUUGGCGGAGGACUGCAGUAUGAAAAUUCAAUCGCAUUUCAACCUGGAAUCAUUUGGCUUUUACGUCUUACAGGGUAUCCGUCAUAUACGACGGAAGAAGGACCAAGAAGUUGGGAUCCGAUUCGUUCUUUGUGGAUCACAUCAACCCUUGCUACAAUCAUUUCGAUAACGCUUCCGGUGCAAUUUUAUAUCCUUACAUCUCUCCUGACUAAAAAUCGUCGAUUGGCAAAAAUAUCAUCCUUUCUCAGCAUAUUCUCUUUUGCCCCAGCAACGCUCAUCACUCCCACUCCGGAACCUUUCUUUGCAUUUUUUGCCUUGAUCGGUCAUCUCUGCCUGGCCACGUCCUCUUUGCAAUACGUCAAGAACAAAUUUUUAUCUCUUCCUUUUCUUACAUUUGCUGCCUCUAUUUCCUUCGGGAUAGCAAACGUUUUUCGAGCAAAUGGAGUUUUGUUAUCUGGUUUCGUAAUUUGGCGUUUAUUAUGGCAAGAUGAUGUCGCACUUUCUUCAGUCAUUUUGCGAGCACUGUGGACUCUACUUCUCGCUCCAGUCACCUUGAUGCCCAUAUUUCUCACGCAAACAUGGGCAUUCAAUCGCAUUUGCACCAAUUCAUUUGAAGCUGCUCGACCAUGGUGUAAUGAAAAGCUGGUAAUACCUUACAACUUCAUCCAAUCACAUUAUUGGAACGUUGGCCCUUUCCGCUAUUGGACAUUGUCGCAACUACCCAAUUGGAUUCUUGCGUCACCCGUUCUUUAUUUGAUCGCUCGAUGGCUGACGUCUUACUACAGUGCUGACAUACAAUCGGUCAUUGAUAGGACACUUUGGCCAUUUAGUGUGAGCGAGCAGAAUCAAGGAGAGGAGUCAACAAGACCGAACGUCAAGCAAUCUGCAGCGGCUGAUACCCGCAGACUAUCGGUCAACGUACGAUCGGCCCCACAGCUCUUGCCGUUUGCGCAUUAUACUUUGGCCCUCUUUUUGAUCUUGAUCGUUUCCUCUCACGUUCAAAUCGCUCUUCGAUUCGCGACACAAGGUGCUCUGCCUGUGGUAUGGUGGUCAGCCGCUGAGCUGGUCGAGAAACGAUCUCUCUUGCGCCAUGGCAAGCUCUCGCUGAAUACUCUUUUGACCCUUUCAAUUGCCUGGCAGACGAUCAGUAUUGUGUUGUAUGCUGGAUUCUAUCCGCCUGCGUAA